GAGAGUAACUGUUAGAGUGAGCAUUGAACUGCAGUCAGUUUCUAAUCCAGUACACAGAAAGGAUUUAGUCAUCCGUCUGACUGAUGAUGUGGAUCCAUUUUUUUUGUAUAACCUUGUUAUAUCUGAGGAAGAUUUUCAAAGUUUAAAAUUCCAACAAGGUCUUCUGGUGGAUUUCUUAGCUUUCCCACAGAAAUUUAUAGAUCUCCUUCAGCAGUGUAUGCAAGAACAUGCCAAAGAAACUCCAAGGUUUCUGCUGCAGUUAGUUUCUCCAGCUGCUCUUUUGGAUAACUCACCAGUACUUUUAAAUGUAGUGGAGACAAAUCCUUUUAAGCAUCUUAUACACCUGUCAUUAAAACUUUUACCUGGAAAUGAUGUAGAAAUAAAGAAAUUUCUAGCAGGCUGUUUGAAAUGCAGUAAGGAAGAAAAAUUAUCAUUGACUAAAUCACUAGAAGAUGUUACUAGGCAACUGAACAUCACACAAAAGACAUUAUCAGAAAAAACAAAAGAAUUAGAAAAAUUGCGGAAUGAAUGGUCAUCGCACACAGCAUCAUUGGCAAAUAAGCAUUCCCAGGAGCUAACAAAUGAGAAGGAAAAAGCCUUGCAGGCACAGGUUCAGUAUCAACAGCAACAUGAGCAACAGAAAAAAGAUUUGGAAGUCCUCCAUCAACGAAACAUCCAGCAGCUACAGAACAGACUGUCUGAGUUAGAAGCAGCUAAUAAAGAUCUGACGGAAAGGAAGUACAAAGGAGACUCCACUGUUAGAGAACUUAAAGCAAAACUUUCUGGUGGUGAAGAGGAGCUGCAGCGGGCCAAGCAAGAGGUCCUUUCUUUACGAAGAGAAAAUUCUACCCUGGAUGCUGAAUGCCAUGAAAAAGAAAAACAUAUUAACCAGCUACAGACAAAAGUGGCAGUUUUAGAACAGGAAAUCAAGGAUAAAGACCAGCUUGUUUUGCGAACAAAAGAAGCAUUUGAUACAAUCCAAGAACAAAAGGUGGCUUUAGAAGAAAAUGGUGAGAAAAAUCAGGUACAAUUGGGAAAACUAGAAGCUACAAUAAAGUCAUUAUCAGCAGAACUUCUGAAGGCAAAUGAAAUUAUCAAGAAGUUACAAGGGGAUCUGAAAACUCUUAUGGGUAAAUUGAAACUGAAGAAUACAGUUACUAUUCAGCAAGAAAAACUCUUGGCUGAGAAAGAGGAAAUGUUACAAAAGGAACAGAAGGAAUUACAGGAUGUUGGACAAUCUCUCCGAGCCAGAGAGCAAGAGGUGUGCAAAUUGCAAGAACAAUUAGAAGCUACAGUUCAGAAACUUGAAGAAAGUAAACAGCUUUUAAAAAAUAAUGAGAAGUUAAUCACAUGGCUAAACAAAGAACUAAAUGAAAACCAGCUAGUAAGAAAGCAAGAUGCACGGGGCACCUCUACCACUCCACCUGCGCAUUCCAGUAGCAGCACCAUCAGAAAUGGAAUUUCUCCUAGCCUGAAUAUGGUCGAUAGUAGACUGACUUACCCGAGCUGUGGCAUUGGCUAUCCUGUCUCCUCUGUGUUUGCAUUUCAGAAUACCUUUCCUCAUGCAGUAUCUGCCAAAAACACCAGCCAUCCAAUUUCAGGACCAAAGGUUCAGUUUAACUUGCAGUUUACAAAACCAAAUCCAUCAUUAGGAGACAGUCAGUUGGGAGCAGCUGUUAGUAUGCCUUGCUCAAGCGAUAAGGAAAAUGGUGAAAAUUCAGGAUUGGAAUCCAAAUACUUGAAGAAAAGAGAAGAUAGCAUUCCUUUACGUGGACUCAGCCAGAAUCUAUUUAAUAAUUCAGACCAUCAGAAAGAUGUCCUGCUGGCAUUACAGACAUCUUCCAAACCCACAGUACUCCCCUCCACAUCUUCAGCUUAUUUCCCUGGGCAGUUACCAAACAGUUAAGGCCAAUAUCUUUUAUUUGACAGUUUAGAAACUCUAGUGGUUUAAAAAUGCAUCAAUACCAGUACCAGUUUUUACUUGAGUUCCUAUUAAAUCACUUGGAGCCUUUAUAAUACUGCCAUUUAUGGCAGACAGAAGAAUGAAUUUUGGGAAUUGGUAAAGAUUCUGAGUAAAUGGUAUUCUUUGGUAUGUGAACAGGGUGUUUCAUAAAGUAACACCAUGAACUCUUAUCAGUUCUAAGAAAAGAGUUGAUAAUGGAUACGGGACAUCCUAAUCAUAAUGAAAAUCUUAGAAAAAAUGCACUCUGCAGGGAAAGUAAUGUAACAAAGAAGGCAGUGCUACCUUUUCAUAGCACAGUAGUUCCUAAGUGUGCCAUCCAAGGAUGCUGAAAUUGCCAUCACUUAUGACUGUUGAGAUUUACGGUAAAAUUCUUAAGCUAUUUUAAAUGAGUGAAAUGAAUUAAGCCCUCAUAGGAAAUGUUUCCCUUGAACAUUUGAUCUGUGAAACAAAUUUCAUAUAAAAAUUUGAAAAGUAUAUUUACAUGACUAAAGUGCUUAGUCAUUUGAACUGAGUCUAUAAGAUUGUACUUCCCGAAAGUUUACACUCAUCCAACUUUUCUCUUUAAUCUGUUUAGCAAUGUAGUUAGCUGCAUUAAUGGCAUUUUAAAGAUGACACCAUACAGAAUCUUCACUGGAACAACAUCAUGAAUACUCAUUGUAAUUUUUUUGUAGUGUCAAAACUUGCACUCAUUUUAGUGUUUACUUAAUAAAGCAGGCAAAUUAGAAGUUACAAUUUUCUUUCCCACUAACUAAAAACUUCCAAGAACUAUUCCUUAGAAAUUAGUUUUUUUUUUUUUUAAACCUCACCCAGUAUCCUAGGGGCUCCAUUAGUGCCCUAAAUCUUGUUUGAAAACUGCUAAUGAUCACGUGAGAGUUUAAAAAUCAUUUUUAGGUACAUUAUACAAAUGAGGACAUUUAUAGGAUAACCAUGAUGAGACAACAUAUUAAGAUGAUGAGACAAGGACCUUUAGCCUUACUCUUUGAAGGUGCUUCCAUUGCAAGCUUAAACCAUGAUUUAUGUAGAAAAUUCAGUGACUUUUUCCUCCAUCAUUUAGAUAAUAUUAGUAAGAAUAUUGUUACAAUUACUUAAAAGCACUUAUUCUAAAAAGAAGUCUGCUUUAUGGAACUGUGUUGUAAAUACUGUGUAACACACAUAAAGCAUUGUGGCAGGGUUUGGAAGGGGUAUAGGACAUACAGCUUUUUCUUUUUUUAAAAAAAAAAUAGAUAACCUAUCCUUUGCUAUUUAUAUAUCCAUGUGGAAAAUUCAGUUUCCUAUCAACUUGUUACAAGACAUUUUGUAUUCAAUGUACAAACAUAGUGUGUGCUACUUCUUUGCUCUACCUCUUGAACUUUUAUUUGAAAUUGUUUUGUAGUAUAUACUUGUAUAUGUGUUAAUAAUCAAAAUGUUGAUAUUAAUGUUAUUUCUAUAAAUGUGACUUUGUUAAUAAAGUACUGAAAUUCGGGAACUUGAUAUGUCAAAAGUAUAUUUAAAACAACAAAAAGAAAUUGAUCUGCAACAUCUGUUCUUAGGAAAUGAAGUACUUUUCAUUUUUGUCUUUGAGGGAAAAUAAAUGGGUUGCAGAAGGGAGGAAAGCACUGAUUUGCUACUAUAAAAAUGAUUCUGGUAAUAAAGCCCAAACAGACCUAUAGGGACUCACAGAUCAAGACUUUUUUAAAAAGAAAAAAAAUCAUUAAAAUAUUUAAUUUUAUUAACAGAAUAUUUACAUUAAAGACCUUAUUUAACCAUAGUGAAUGUUCCAAGUUUAAAAAGCAUUAGGCAAUAACCACACACAAGAUGAAAACAGUGUAAACUAUACAAUACUUUAUGUACAAUUUUUACAAAGUAACACUUUUUUAAAUAAUAUAACUGGACACAAAAAUAUACACUUUAGAGAAAUUCACAUCAGUAAUUGUAUAAAGCUCUCUUCUAGGGUCCUGAAAAUUUAGGACAAACAUUAGCUCUGUAAAUAAAGUGUUACUGUGACAGUCCUGAAAGGCCACUAUAUAUAUAUUUAUCUACAUUAUAGAAAUCACAUUUGACAUUUUCAAGGCUACCAGCUUUACUAUAUAUUUUAGAUUAUGUAUUCAAGUGUUGAGGUUCUUAGGAUUAUGCAAACAUUAAAAGAACAGUGGUAUAAGAAGCAGAACAACUCUGAACAAAUUUGAGCCAGCAUUUAGGUUUACAAGCUGACCACCCCAAUUUCAGUUCUAAUGGCUGAUAUUUUCAUACUUCAAAAACAGUAGUGAAUAAUGCUUUAAAUAAAGAAAAUUAUGGCAAACAAGCUUGAAACAUGAUUCUGAUUUAGUACAAUUUUCUUAAGUUUUUUUAAAAAUGCAAACAAUUCUUUACCAUUUCUUUAUUCUAGUGCAUCUGCAUUAAGGCUUUGAAUUAUUUGACCCAAGAUUUUAUAAUAUCAAAAUCUGACUCAGGAUUUGCAAUGUUAAACGAACAGGUCCACAGCCAUACUACAACUCUGCCUCAGAGUCAGCAUAAAUAGAGGUAAAGCUCAACACCUUAAGGAAAUGGUAGCAGAGACAUAUGCUAACAGCUAAAGAGUUACAUACAUAAUUUUUAAUUAAAGGAUGUAUAAUAAAACAGUUUAGUGGCAAGAGACUGGUGCUGAUAAACAAAAGGUUUCUUUUCAAAAGAAAUUGUAACAUCUUUGGAAAACUGUCCGGUUCUUUCUUUAGUUCCCACGAAGUUCAUGCAGAUACAUUUCUUAAGACAGUGUAAGUCCUUUGCAGAUGGAAGAGGAAUGUGCAUCCAGAA